ACCGUCGCCGCCAUGGCGGAGCGGGAGAGCCUGGAGUUCGGCAAAGCCGACUUCGUGCUGAUGGACGCCGUCACCAUGCCCGAGUUCAUGGCGAACCUCCGGCUGCGUGAUUACUUCAGGAAUAACUUCAGACUGGCUUCUCCUCGCAAGGUCUCGAACGCUUUGCAGGGGAGUAAGAGGUGAUCCCCACCGUGCCGGGCGGUGAGGUGAUGUGGGGGCCCGCCUGUGGAUAAACCCAAUGCCUCUUAAUAACUGUUUGAAAAAGGACGGAUUUAUACAUUUAUUGGGGAGGUGGUUGUUUCCAUGAAUCCGUACAAGAACUUGAACAUCUACGGGCGUGACAUGAUUGAGCAGUACAAAGGAAGGGAACUGUACGAGAGGCCUCCUCACCUCUUUGCGAUCGCUGAUGCCGCUUACAAAGCGAUGAAGAGGCGAUCAAAAGACACCUGUAUUGUAAUAUCAGGUGAAAGUGGGGCUGGGAAGACUGAGGCCAGUAAAUACAUUAUGCAGUACAUAGCAGCCAUUACCAACCCCGGGCAGAGAGCGGAGGUGGAAAGAGUGAAGAACAUACUGCUGAAAUCCAACUGUGUGCUAGAGGCCUUUGGCAAUGCCAAAACAAACCGUAAUGACAAUUCCAGCAGGUUUGGAAAAUAUAUGGAUAUCAACUUUGAUUUUAAAGGAGACCCGAUAGGUGGGCAUAUCAAUAAUUACUUACUAGAAAAGUCUCGUGUGAUUGUGCAACAGCCGGGAGAACGAAGCUUUCAUUCUUUUUACCAGCUCCUGCAGGGGGGUUCUGACCAGAUGUUACGUUCUCUACAUCUUCAGAAGGAUGCGUCUGCGUACAGCUAUAUCUGUCCCGGAGCACAGAUAAAGUGUUCCAUCAACGAUGGUGCAGAGUUCAAAGCGGUAGCUGAUGCCAUGAAAGUGAUAGGCUUCAAGCAAGAGGAGAUUCAGACUGUCUACAAAAUUGUGGCCGCCAUUCUUCACUUGGGGAACUUGAAGUUUUCUGUGGAUGGUGAUACGCCUGUAAUAGAAAAUGGCAAGGUUGUGUCGAUCAUCGCAGAUUUGCUGUCAACAAAAUCUGAAAUGGUGGAGAAGGCGCUUUUGUUUCGGACUGUAGCUACCGGUCGGGAUGUCAUUGACAAACAACAUACCGAACAAGAAGCCACCUACGGCAGAGAUGCCUUUGCAAAAGCCAUAUACGAGCGCCUCUUCUGUUGGAUUGUGACACACAUCAAUGAUGUGAUUGAAGUGAAGAACUAUGACACUACAAUACAUGGGAAAAACACGGUCAUUGGCGUCCUGGAUAUCUAUGGCUUUGAAAUAUUUGACAAUAACAGUUUUGAGCAAUUUUGCAUUAAUUACUGCAAUGAAAAGCUACAGCAGCUCUUUAUUCAGCUGGUUCUAAAGCAGGAGCAGGAAGAGUACCAGCGAGAGGGAAUUCCCUGGAAGCAUAUUGAUUACUUUAACAACCAGGUCAUUGUCGACCUGGUAGAGCAGCAGCACAAAGGGAUCAUUGCCAUUCUGGACGAUGCCUGCAUGAAUGUUGGAAAAGUUACAGACGAGAUGUUCCUCGAGGCUCUUAAUAACAAGCUGGGGAAGCACGCUCAUUUCUCCAGCAGAAAGCUUUGUGCAACUGACAAAACGCUGGAGUUUGACAGAGACUUUCGAAUCAAGCACUACGCCGGAGAUGUGAUUUACUCAGUCACUGGAUUUAUUGACAAAAACAAGGACACUUUAUUUCAAGACUUCAAGCGCCUCAUGUACAACAGCUCUAACCCUGUGUUGAAGAUGAUGUGGCCUGAAGGUAAACUGAGCAUCACCGAGGUAACCAAGCGACCUCUGACAGCUGCUGCUCUUUUUAAGAACUCCAUGAUUGCGCUAGUGGACAACCUGGCAUCAAAGGAGCCCUAUUAUGUCCGUUGCAUUAAGCCCAACGAUAAGAAGUCCCCGCAGCUUUUUGACGAGGAGCGUUGCAGGCAUCAGGUUGAAUACCUUGGCCUUUUGGAGAACGUGCGAGUCCGCCGAGCAGGCUUUGCCUACCGCCAAACGUACGAGAAGUUUCUUCACAGGUACAAGAUGAUCUCGGAAUUCACUUGGCCGAACCACGACCUCCCUUCAGACAAAGACGCUGUGAAGAAGCUCAUAGAGUGCCAUGGAUUUCAGCACGAUGUCGCUUAUGGCAAGACCAAGAUUUUCAUCCGCACGCCUCGAACUCUGUUCACCUUGGAGGAGCUGCAUGCCAAGAUGCUUGUGAGGAUUGUCCUCUUCCUGCAGAAGGUUUGGAGGGGCACUUUGGCUCGCCUUCGCUAUAAGAGGACAAGAGCCGCCCUGACGAUACUCAAGUAUUACCGCCGCUACAAAGUGAAGGCUUACAUCCACGAGGUCGCCCGACGCUUUCACAACGUGAAGCUAAUGAAGGAUUAUGGCAAGCACGUGCAGUGGCCCACCCCGCCCAAAGUGCUGCGCCGGUUCGAAGAGGCACUCCAGACCAUUUACCACAGGUGGAGAGCAGGUGAACUCAUCCGCAGCGUCCCACCAGAAGUCCUACCUCAACUGAGGGCCAAGGUUGCCGCCAUGGAAGUGCUGAAGGGUCACAGAGCUGAUAUUGGCCUGCAGAGAGCGUGGGAGGGGAAUUACAUCGCACUGAAACCGGAUAACCCGCAGACCACGGGCUCUUUCAUCCCCGUUGCCAAUGAGCUGAAACGGAAAGACAAGUACAUGAACGUUCUCUUCUCCUGCCAUGUCCGCAAGGUCAAUCGCUUUAAUAAGGUGGAGGACAGAGCAAUCUUCAUUACCGAUCGACACCUUUAUAAGAUGGACCCUAUGAAGCAGUACAAAGUGAUGAAGACCAUCCCCCUCUAUAAUCUGAUAGGAUUGAGCGUCUCCAAUGGAAAGGACCAGCUCGUGGUCUUCCACACGAAAGACAACAAGGAUCUCAUUGUCUGUCUCUUCAGUAAAGAGCCCUCCAACGACAGCAGGAUCGGAGAGCUGGUGGGAGUCCUGGCGAGCCACUUCAAGAGUGAGAAACGCGCUCUGCAAGUCAGCGUCACCAACCCGGUCCAGUGCAGCCUGCACGGGCGGAAAUGCACCGUCUCCGUGGAAACCAAGAUUAACCAAUCCCAGCCGGAUUUCACCAAGCAUCGUUCCGGUUUCAUCCUCUGCGUGCCGGGGAAUUAGCAUCCCGCUCCGCUCGUCGGCGCAAGGAGCCCGGAGAGAGAGAGAGAGCGAGGGAGCGGAGGAAAGAUGGACGGGGCUUCCAUCGCCCUCCCCGUGCCUCGGACUUUCCGAGGGGGAUUAAUUUAGAGAUGCUCAGCUGUGACUUUUGGUCAUGCGCCUAAAAAGAUCUCUAAAGCCAGAGGUUUAGGAAACCCAAAUUCAGGAGAGGGUUUCACCACCGCAUGCAACGAAGGCUUAAAAUAGCCAAUGGCCUGUCUCCAUCGGACAACACGGGCCAGAAUAUCAGGAAAGUGCUUCUGAAUUAGUCCAAAAAAAAAAAAAAAGCAUUUAUAGGUACUUACACCCUUUCCUCCCUUCCCCACGUUGAUUUCGGAAACCCUCUCCGCUGUUCCCUUCUCUGUUUCUUUUUUUCUGUGUCAUUUUUUCGCAAUAUUACGCAGCCUCCGCCGGAGGAACCAAAGAUCCCGGCUCAGGGACUCUGGGCCUGUGAGACCAAAUCCCGCUGGACCCGCGGCCAGGUUUGGAAGUGGGGGGGGGCUGGCGUCCCGCUCCGGGAACACACUCCACAGGCUUCCAGCCCUGCCGGCACGCACCGAGUCGGGACGGUACGCGGAACGGCACCGCCGGACCUGCUGCUUCCCUGCCCGGAGGCCAUGAACCCAUCAAGGCACCUUGGCUGGAGACAGGGCCACCAGCAGGAAGGAGAGUGGGAUUCACGUUCCAGAGGUUUUAUUUUUUAAUGCUGCCUUGCUUUUGCCUUAAUUCCCCUCGCCGGUGACCUAAAAAUCCGGUGGGUUCCCGUUGGGACCAAGUGGCCUUGUUGAAUUGCGUUGGUGAUCCGGGGGGGCGGCGUGUUAGUCCCAACGCUGAGGCUCGGGGACGGGGCCCCGAAGGUCCCGCUGCAGGUGGGUGACUCUGGCAGGACACGGAGUGCGGGGCGGGGGGGGCUGAGGCCACGGCUCCCCCACCUUGCACCGCUCGACACCGACCCCGGGCACGUCCGUCUGCACCAACCCGGCACCCAACAUCCCAGCUGCUCCCGUGGAAGCGUUUUCCUGCGUCUUCCCGGCAGCGGGUGCUGGGUGUUGGGGUGUCGCGCGUCACCUUGGCUCGUCUGGCGGCGUCACCUUUCCCCGCUGCCCGGCGCCCGCCUGGGACAACCCCCCACCUCGGUGUUUAGGUUGGGGGUCGGACGUACCCGCAGGGGUUUCAUUUCCACGGUGCCUCGGGCGGCUGCGGUGGGUUUGGAGCGGCGGCGGCCGCGUGACGUUGGGAUUACGUGUCCCGAGUCCUGGCACUGCUGGUCAGGUCAGGAUUCCCAGCCCCUUGGAUGCUGGCGGGGGGGGUCCACGGAUGACCCCCACCCUGGGAACCGCCUGUUCCCAGCCGGCAAACAGGGAGCGCGUCUUUAAUUGAGCAUUUUAGGAACGGGAAAGCCUGGAAGAGGCUCUUCACCUAACGAGCUGUUGACGAAAGGCGUCCCAAAGCCAUGGCACGGACACGGGGCGUGGGGACGGGGCGCUGCAGCGUUGGUGCCCCACGGCCACCACCGAGACCCGCGGGGGGGUACCGCGCGUGGGGGGGGGGGCUCUGGCUCUGCACUGAAGUGGGACAAGUGGAAUGCCCUGCUCUUUGCCGGGGAGGCCCCAGGCCGGAGCAUCCUGUUGGCGUGGUCCCCAGCCCCCCACCAGCAUCCCAGCGCCGCAUCCCGGCCGCCGGCGCUCGCUCCCGGUGACGGUUCCGGGAUGCACCGGCGGGUCUGCCCCGAGUCCUCGGGAAGAAGCUCUUCCAGGUGUUGCAAACACAAGUCCCCCACCACGGCUGGGGCCAUCGGGAGCCCGGGGGGUGACGUCCCAGCCGGGUGACAGCUCCUGCCCCUCCGCGAGACACUCGGGACCCCUGAGGAGCCGCCACCGCCCCGUCCCCAUCCCAGGGACCCCCAAGGAGCUGCCACCGCCCCGUCCCCAUCCCAGGGACCCCCAAGGAGCUGCCACCUCCCUGUCCCCAUCCCAGGGACCCCUGAGGAGCCGCCACCGCCCCAUCCCCAUCCCAGGGACCCCCAAGGAGCUGCCACCUCCCUGUCCCCAUCCCAGGGACCCCCGAGGAGCUGCCACCUCCCUGUCCCCGUCCCAGGGACCCCCAAGGAGCCGCCACCGCCCCGUCCCCAUCCCACCCCAGCCAGGAGCGGUGCCGGCGCCACGGGACACCCCAGCUCCGGUUCGAUGCUCCCGGGGGAGCACCCGGAGGCGAAUCCUCGGCCUUCGCUGUGCCUUUCUAUUUGCACUUCUCGCUUUUUAUAUCUACCAGUCCCGCCGUGUCCCCCCCCGGCCCCCAGUAACACUAACCCGUAGGCAAGGUAGCGGCAGGAGAUUUAAUCAGCACUUUUAUACAUUAUCCCUCCAACGAAAUGGUUGUAUUGAAUCAUGAUGGACGGCAAUAAAUCGCAGGUUGAGGAAAUUUCUAAUGCUACGAGAUGGCAAUAUUGUACGUGAUGAAAUGUGUCUUUAUAAAAUAUAUUAUCUGUUCCUGCUCUGGUUUUAUAUAUAUAUAUAUAUAUAAAUAUAUAAAAUAUAUAUUCCUGGUUUUUUCCCAUAAAUUAACUAUUUCUAGAUUGAAUUUCGAUUUUCAGCCUGGGGCGAUAAUGCAAUGAACCUUUUUUUUUUUUUUUUUUUUUAAAUUGCUGAUAUUUUAAUUUUUAAUUGCCGAUAUGUAAAAGAGCAGAAAAAAAAAACCAAACCAAAAAAAAAAACCCCAACCCUGCUAUAACGGACCUGGGGUUUUUUUGUUUACAUAAUUCACUGUAAUAAAUAAAAAAAUUAAAAAAAAAAAAAAAAAGAAAAGCCGAUCUAGUUGCAUCCCAGUAUGGCGGUCCCGGUUUCGGAGCGGCGCGGUGGCUGGGGGGAGGCGAUGGCAGGGACGGGAAGCGGAGUUUUGGCGUCCCGAUAAAUAACCCCGGGGUUUUUUUUUCUUUUUCCCACCUCUCGGGCGCUGGAUGCUCCUCCUCGCCCCCGGCGAAGAGGGGGGGAAACGGGACCCACGAUUAAACCCGCGCCCGCAUUAAACCCCGCGUUUGUCAAAGCGAAUCCAAUUUGGCAUCGCCGCCCCCGGCGCGUCGCAGGUGCCGAGGUGGGAGGGGGGGGGAACCACGCAGAAAAGACUCCGCCACGACCCGCUGCCGUGUAAUGGAUGGUCAGUGCAUUUUUAUUUAAUCAGCACAGUACAAAAAUAAAUAAAAAUAAGGGGAGGGGAUUAAAUUACAGGCACACUGAGCCCCAUGACACAGUCGGUCAGGUUAUAAACCACACAUACUUACAAACACACUACACACACACAUACAAAAUGAGACAAAUAUAAAUUAAUAAGUAACAAUACCCACCAAUUUUGGUCAACAAAGAUCUACAGAAGAGAUUGCACUAAAAAAAAAAAAAAAAAAAACAAACCAAA